CCCCCGCCACCUUCUCUCCCUUUUCCGCUGUAGGAAGUUAACGUGCCUAUAGGUGCUCGGUUCUUCAUCCGAAGCUAAGGUCCACAAUCCGGCGACUAGCACCGUCAAAUUUAGGCAUCCGACGCCACAAAUAUAAAAUCUAACAUCUAUAAUGGCAUCUGUCUCCGAGCUCGCCUGCAUUUACUCUGCUCUGAUCCUCCACGACGAUGAAGUCGCCGUCACCGAGGACAAGCUGAAUGCUCUGAUCAAGGCUGCUGGAGUCACUGUGGAGCCCUUCUGGCCAAGUCUGUUUGCCAAGGCUCUGUCCAGCAUUGACAUUGGCAGUCUGAUCUGCAACGUUGGAGCCGGAGGUGGAGCCCCAGCUGGCGCCCCUGCUGCAGGAGGUGCUGCUGCUGCUGCUGCUAGUGACGCCCCAGCUAAAGAAGAGGAGAAGAAGGAGGAGAAGAAGGAAGAGUCUGAGGAGUCUGAUGACGACAUGGGCUUUGGUCUCUUUGAUUAAAAAAGCUGUUUUUCUAAGAAAACACAAUAAAAAAUACAAAAAGUG